AUGGAUCGACAAUUCUCAUCCAGCCCCUCCCGUAAAGCAUGCGGUUGCGCAGAACGACGUCGUGGUAAGCGGAAUGCCUACAUUGCUCUGGGCAGCAAUGUUGGUGACCGGGUAGCCAUGAUCGAGCAGGCGUGUAAAGAAAUGGAUUCAAGAAACAUCAAAGUGAAAAGGACUAGUAGCUUAUGGGAGACCGAACCUAUGUACGUUCUAGACCAGAAUAGGUUUGUAAAUGGAGCUUGCGAAGUUGAGACCGAUCUAGAGCCCCUAUCUCUGUUAGACCAAUUGCAAGAUAUUGAGAAGUCUAUGGGCCGCCAGAAACUUAUAGAUAAGGGACCUCGGAAUAUUGACUUGGAUAUCUUACUCUAUGAGGAUGAAACAGUCGAUCAUGAAAGACUGAAAAUUCCUCAUAUUGGAAUUCCAGAGCGCGAGUUCGUUCUACGGCCCCUGGCUGAACUUAUUCCGCACAAGUCUAUAUACUCCUCCAAUCCCUGGAAACUUGUCCAAGACUACCUCAAUGAGCUGCCUCCAUCUUCAGAACCCUUGUCUACCUUAACCCCGAUACGCCCCUCAAUAGAACCCUUGAACGCUCUCAAGCCGACUCGGAAAACACAAAUUAUGGCCAUUCUCAACAUAACGCCCGAUUCAUUUUCGGAUGGCGGCAUCCAUACCCCUGAUUCGCUCCGGGACACAAUCAUGGCCUAUGUACGGGGCGGCGCCACAAUAUUCGAUAUUGGGGGCCAGUCCACUGCACCUGGGACGCUUGAGGUCAGUGCUCAAGAGGAGGCUGAUCGUGUUUUACCCGUUAUCAAGCUUAUCCGUAGCCUACCCGAGACACGCGAUGUCGCUAUAAGUGUAGAUACGUACCGCGCAUCGGUUGCUCAAGCAGCUGUCGAGGCCGGCGCAGAUAUCAUUAACGACGUAUCAGCAGGUCUUUUAGACCCGGAUAUGUUGUCUACAAUGGCCCGCUCGGGCAAAACGGUUUGCUUGAUGCAUAUGAGAGGAAACCCUGGUACGAUGAGCAAACUGAACGACUACCCAGAUGGGCUUAUCCCGACUAUCGCUCGGGAAUUGCUCGAGCGGGUAGCCGCCGCCGAAGCAGCAGGCAUCCGCCGGUGGCGCAUUAUUCUUGACCCAGGACUAGGAUUCGCUAAGGUGGGAGAGCAGAACCUACACCUCCUACGUCAUUUCGAAGAAUUACGAAGCUGGCCUGGAUUAGAAGGCCUACCCUGGCUUGUAGGGUCCAGCCGCAAGAGCUUCAUUGGUAAGGUAACCGGCGUCCCAAAGCCAAUGGACCGAGUAUUCGGUACGGCAGCAACCGUCGCCUCGGCCGUUCAGGGCGGCGCUGAUAUAGUACGAGUCCACGAUGUUGUGGAAAUGGGUCAGGUAGUUAAGAUGGCCGAUGCCAUAUGGAGAUACUAG